AUGUUUGCUCGCUUCCUAGCGCCACUCGCUGUGGCCGCCUUGUCGGUUCUUCCUCUCGUUGCUUGCGGACCUGCUCCGGUUCCUGUCCCGCUGCCGACUACUCCUGCCACGGGCAUUGACGUUCAGGCCUUCGCAAAGCAGCUGAGCAAGAGCGCCCAGAUCUAUGUCCCGAACGACAGCCAAUUUAAGACCUACACGGUUCGGUGGUCUAACCUUGACGCCCCGACCGUGAACGUGGUUGUCCUUCCCGGAAACGAGCAGGAUGUUUCAAAGAUCGUCCAAUACGCCUACCAGAAGAACAUCCCCAUUCUCGCUUACAACGGCCAUCAUGGCGCUCUCACCACGCUGGGCAAGAUGGACUAUGGCAUUGCUAUCAACCUGGUUCAACUCAACUCCCUGAAAGUUGCCAAGGAUGGGCAGACUGUGACCGUUGGUGGAGGCAUCAACUCCCACAACCUCACUGAACAACUGUGGGCUGCUGGAAAGCAAACUGUCACUGGAACCUGUGAAUGCGUGAGCUACCUCGGUCCCGCCCUUGGCGGAGGUCACGGUUGGCUCCAGGGUCACCACGGCCUCAUUUCCGACCAGUUCGUUUCCCUCAACAUCGUUCUCGCCACGGGUGAGGUGAAGACGAUCAACCAAUCGUCUGACCUGAUGUGGGGUCUCAAGGGAGCUGGCCACAACUUCGGUAUCGUCACUUCAGUGACCAGCAAGAUCUACGAUAUCGAGCACUCCAACUGGGCGAUUGAGACCAUUGUCUUCGGCGGUGACAAGAUCGAGGAGGUCUACGAUGCCGCCAACAAGCACCUCAUCCAGAACGGGACCCAGAGUGCGGACAUCCACCAGUGGUCGUACUGGCUGAACGAUGCCACUCUCGAUGCUGACAAGCCCGUCAUCGUCGUGUACACCAUGCAGGAAGGCGUCGACGCUGUCGACUCUGUCUACACCCAGCCUUUCAAGGAUAUCGGCCCUCUCGCCGUGACUCCUGAGGCUGGUACCUACCGGGACCUUGGUGCCUGGACAAACAUUGCUCUCGACUCUCCUCCCUGCCAGGACUUUGGCUUCAACAACCCUCGCUUCCCCAUCUACUUCAAGAGCUACAACGGCACCGCACUGAGGGCCGCCUACGACCUCUACGCCUCGGCCGUCUCCGGUGCCGACAACCCGUACACGAACUCGAUCUUCAUGUUCGAGGACUAUGCCACCGGCGGCGUCCGCGCGAUCGACGACCGCUCCAGCGCCUUCGCCUUCCGCUCUGACCGCGUGCUUGCCGCCCCGCUCAUCAUCUACAACUCCACCGGCGCCGCUGAGGAUGCAUCCGUCGCGAAGCUCGGCAACCAGCUGCGCGAGCUCGUCCACCAGGGCACGCAGCAGUCGGAGCUGCACACGUACGUCAACUACGCCUACGGCACCGAGACCACGCAGGAGUGGUACGGCUACGACACCUGGAGGCAAGAACGCCUCAAGGCGCUCAAGACAAAGUACGACCCCAAGGGCAAGUUCAGCUUCUACGCGCCCAUCUUGUAG